AUUCCCAGUGAAAGAAUACACUUGUAUGACCCUAUGUUUUCCAAAACAGAGAUAAGAGCAUUAAAUUCCUUGGGUUGUUCUCUAAUCACAGUUAAUGAGGAAGGGAAAAGACAAGCUGAAGGCUUGACCAUAUUCCUGAUGCUCCACUGUGGUAAGCCAUUGUACAACAAUCUCCUGUGGGCAAACUGGAAAGCCAGGCUACUGCAGAAUGUGAUCAUUGUCGGGAACAGCUUCAAGAAUAUGGAACUGAAUAUACCUCACAGAAUAAUGGAGGAAGAAGCUAGUUACAUAAUUAAAAUUUUACCUUACGUCACAGAAGUUCCAGUGAAAAACAACUUUGUUCAUGAUGACAUUUUCAACAACACUUCCAUUCACUGUUUCCCAGCAUGCAAUUUAGAGGAAGUUCAAAGAAUUUUUUGGGAUUCAAGUCCUGAACCAAUUUAUGAGAAAGAUGCUGAAAUCAUAUUAAAGAAGGAAGCAACUUUAGAAACAAUGUGAUUGAAAAAGGAUUUUUAUACUAUCUAUUUCAUCAAUAGAGAAAUUUGUUACUGUCAAAAAAUAAAAUAUUUCAUUAAAAGUUUGUUGUUUUACUUUACAAUUGAUAAAAGAGGCUGCAGGAUAUAAACGUUGAAAAACAGAGCAUGCAUGUACAUUACUAACUGCAUGUUCAUCUUCACUGUUGAAUAUGUGGUAUCAUGGAAGGGGGAGAUACAAAAAUAAAUAUCCUUUUUUUUUGUUUGGCA